UGUGUGUGUGUGUGUGUGUGUGUGCAUUCUGCGUUAUAUUCAUUAUCCAACAUGGCGGAUGCAAUAAAGGAUUUCGAAUACCAAGACAGUGAAGGUCGCAACGCAUUAGUUGAGACAAAAAUCUUAUUUGCGAAAUAUCGAAAUAACCGUUAACAUUUUCGUCCGCCAUGAUUGUUGUUGUCGCACGUUUUACUCGCACUUUAUGAUGCGUCGCCACCGGUCGAAAAUUUCGAACGCAGCUACUUCGAAUAACUUCAUUCAUCGAAAGUGCGUCGUACGGAUAAAUAUCGAUACAGUGAUCUAUGUCUUCGAGCAAAGUGUAGUGAAAUAAUUCAGUGAAGACAUCUUUUCCGGUCACAAGUGCGUCGUGAAUCUCAUCAGUCGGGAGUGCCGAAUAAAUCGUGCGAUAUUUCAAGUCGCAAAUACGUAACGAACGAAAAAACCGAGAGUGUCGUAUAAAGUAACGCACGAUGCGUUCGUCAAGACGCAUAUUCGUGUGCGUGUAUCCCGCGUUAUAUUAUAUUUUCACAUCCGACAUCGCGGAUGCAAUAAAGGAUUCUGAAAGCGGGAGUGUCGUAUAAAGUAACGGGCGGUCGUGUUUGCGCAUUAAUCAGUGAUUAGAGCGUGAAAACGCGCGCGCGCGCGCGCGAUCUGUGAGUGAUAAGCGAGGGAACAUUGAGGUGAUUUCUGUGGAUUCAUCCUUUUUCCACGAGGAAGGAAGCAGCGAUAAAAACGUCAAUGGAUGAUUGGAGGCUAUGGAUGCUGCAGCAGCGGCUCGGUUUCAUCAAAGUACCGGAAGAAAAACACCGGUGCCGGAAUUCAAUAGAGCGCCGUAAAGCUCUUUCCUUCUCUAUUUCGCCGUUGGAAACCGUCGGUGGGCUCUUUGAGCCCACCCUCUCAUCGGUCAAACUGGCGAGCGCGUUAACCGCUGGCAUGAACCCCCACCAUCCGGGCCAUUCCGCAGCCUACCCUCACCAUCCCUCGCUCUCGAGCAGUCCGCAUCAUCCGGGGCCCGGCGGGCCGCAUCACGCAUACGGAACUGGCGGAAGGGGCAGCGGCAGCGGCGGUAGCGGCGGCGGCACGACGACCACCCCCGACUUGCCAAGCCCGCAUUCACCCCCGCAUGCCGGCGGUGCCGGCGAUCCCGCUACCCCCUAUGGCGCCCUGCAGCCCGGACAGGGCAUGGGCAGCAACGGGCAUCAUCAUGGUGGCGGCGGCAUGAUGCCGGAUCAUCCGCAUCACCCCGGACACCCCCAUCCGCACAUGCCGGGACACCCCGCGUAUCCACCAGUUAACCACAAUAACAACUGCACGCUCAAGCAAGAAGGCGGUCCAAGCGGGUCAACAGGCCUUCGGCACUGCGCCGGCUGCGGUGUACAAAUAGUGGAAAGAUGGCUGCUGCUAGCGAUGGAUCAGUACUGGCACAUUGGCUGCCUCAAGUGCACGUAUUGCCAAGUUGUAUUGGGGGAAAUCGGCCAGUCCUGCUACACCAAAAGCGGCAUGAUUCUCUGCAAGGCCGACUACAGACGGAUGUUCGGUAGUGGCGGCGUCUGCGCGAGUUGUGGCAACGCAAUACCAGCGAACGAACUGGUCAUGAGGGCCGGCGAAUCGGUAUUUCAUCUGAAAUGUUUCAAUUGCAAUAAAUGUGGCGGACAGCUCGUCUCUGGCGACAGAUAUUACUUGCUGUCGGGCUCGCCAGUCUGCGAAUCCGACUGGCACAAGAUUGUCAAGUCGUCGAGCGUGGCGGCAGCGGCAGCCGCGGCGGCUGGCAACAGCGGCGCACCUGUGAGGAAAGGCGGCAACCCGGUCGGUCGCCCGAAGAAGGUGCAGCCUUCUCCGCAGCCGACGCCUCCCGUCGUCGUACCCUCGCCUCAGGUCGAUGUCGUGGACGUCGCCGUCGGAGUGGAUCCUUAUUCGCCGCCUCCGCCGGGUCAUCAGCAUUACCACCAUUAUCAUCACCAUCAUCACCACCAUCAUCAGAUGGCACUUGCGCAUUCGAGUCUGGCGGCCCAGCAAUCGCACCUGCAGGCUUCCGGCUAUCAAGACUGGUCGCCCUGGACUCAGGAUACCUGCGAUUAAAACUGUUGCAUCGCAGCAGGAUCGAAUCCCAAAGGACGUCGCGAUGAAGAAGAAGCCUACUUUAUGCGUUGCGAGUCCGGGCUUUCUAGGAGAAUCGCAAGGAGAAUAGAGUCUACAUAGCCGUCUCUUGGGACCGCCGUUGGUGACUCUAUCAGUCGAGUGUCUCCGUAUACUUGGCGCCGUGAUAUUGAACGCGUUUGAACAUGCCGCGGCAGCCAAACGUUUCCGAACAUGGUACCGUGAUGUUAAAUAUACAAUAAUUGAACUUGCCGCGGAUAUACCGAGCGAUCUUUGCGCUCUGACGAUGUUGGCGUCGAGUGUAUACGAACUUGAUACGGAUGCUGAUAAUUUCUGACACUGGCUCAAUGAAUAUCUUUAAACUUGGAUUAUUCGAAGUCGCAAAUACUUCAAAACUUGAUGCGGACGCCGUUUCAAUCUUAUAGUAUAUACUUGGUUUUUUUGUCCAAUACUGAUAAACUGACGAAAUUUCUUGAAACAUUUUUAAUGUCGCAGUAUUAAUAUUGAAACAUCUAAGAUUCAUAUAAUGCCAUUAAAUUCAAUUAUCAAUUUGGACACCAUUUUUUGUGUAAUAAAAAAUACAUUUCCUAUACAUCUGGGACAGGUUAAAACACUCGAUACCGCAUUACAGAAGCACUACCAUCACGCAAAUCCGCUGGUUUUCUUAAUAAUAAUCUUUGCUCAAUUGUAAAGAAUCGAAGAAAGUCUAAAGCACGACUCAUCGUGUAUGUACCAUCAGCCACAGUAUAGUGACGUCAAUUUUCUUCUUUAAAACCUUUUACAGUCAUCGUGUUGCGAUAAUCUCGACAAAUGAUGUGGAAUGUAGAAUUCGUUGAAUGGGCGCAUGCACUCUUUCACGCCUUUGUGAAAUAUAUCGAAAUAGCUCUUUCUAUGAAUAUCAUUCUUAAAAUAAUUGCCAGAUUAUUCUGAUGUCAAGAGUCUGCUUUGUUUUAUUUCGGAAUGAUUAAGAGAGUAUUUUUAAUUUAUACCAUUUUAUAUCUGAUAUGCCAUUUAAGUUGAGUUUUGCAACAGGGCAUUCAAUUUUUUAUUGUCACUACUUUGAAAGUAAUACGCAUCCCUAGAAUGGCGUCGCGUACUAAAUCCGACAUGUGCGAUCGACGAGGAUCUAAUCACGCGAGAAAGACAGAUGGCAAU